AGUUGAAGGAGUUCUUGCGCGACAAGGUCAGGAUCAGCAACUACAAGGCGGAGGAAGCUCUUCGUCCUCUUCUAGUAGCUCCUCUUCUAGUAGUAGUGGUAGUGCUGAAGGCGGACUGGAGGGUCGUACUAUAAUCGGACUGGGAGGCUCCGGCUCGUCCCCCAUUCCAACCGCACCUCGUCCUGACGACGACCAAGAACCAAAAGAAGUACAAGAAGUGCAACAAAUACAAAUAAAGCUAGCAGAAGCGCAAGGACUACAUGCUGGACCAGUCGGACAACAACAAGAAGUACAAGCACAAAUGCACAUACAGGCACAACAUGAACAUGAUCAAUCCUUACUUCACCAAGGACACGUGAAGGAUGUCCACCAAGACCAAGAGGAUCUUGACCCAGUUCCCUCAGCCCCGCCUCUGGAUGAUAUGCUAGCCGAAGCACAGGAGGAUCUGAUUUGUGUCAUUUGCCUAGACAAGCCCUGUGUAGCUCGCUACACUCCCUGUGGACAUCAAGUCGUGUGUCUAGAAUGCGGAGAAUCAUGGCUGAAGUCACAUGCAACGUGCCCAAUUUGCAGAGCUACGGUUACGAGUUGUGAUGUCGUACUGGAAAGGGGAAGUGGUCGUGGGCGUGCUGGCGGUUUGCGAAGUUGUCCUCCUGGACUGGGUGGAGGAGUCGGACUCGGAGGAGGAGACUAUAAGCAAAUAUGCUCUGGCACAUCUACCUGUGGUCCUGCUUUGGUGGGUCACCAAACUGUCAGAGGGUACGACCAAGACUAUGAUUUGGAAGCGGGUCCUCCAUUGGUAGCUGUGGAAGGAGUGCGAAUCGAUGAAAACCAAAAUCCACAGGGCCGCCCGGGCGAAAGUUCUAGUUCUUCAAGUACUACAAGGAAUGUCAGCACACACAACAAUUGGGAUCUUCAACGUUCAAAUGCAGCAGGAGGAGCAUCAUCUUCAAGUACGACUAGAGCAGCCACUGCAAGGGCAACCUCCAGAGUGAAUCCUCGCAAGCGACAAGAUCCAUCGUCGACCGCUACCUUUGUUCGAGACCACCUCAAAUCCUCCAAGAACUCCAAGAAGGUGUCUCCGUGUUUAAUGAUCCAUUUUCCCCUGACGCUUACACCGUUAAACGACGCAACUAGAAGAGAUAUGGAGGAAACGAAACAGCAGUUCUUUCGAGCCAACAAAACCGAUGUCCUUUCUGAUGAGUCUACGGAUCGAACUCUUGCACUUCCGGACGGCUCGGCUUUUGAGGAUCGCGUCAUCAUGUGUCGAACCGAUCAUGUUUAAGGCUCUCACUAAUUCAUCUUGUUUGAUGACUUCUGAUAUUAACUUUGAAUGGUUCUGGUAUUUUUGGUAUAGCCUGAAUUUGAUCACAAGUGUUCUCUUCUUGUUUUCCUUUAUGAUCAAACUCAGGUUACCAAAUAGCGGGAGCAUACAAACUUCCACUUCUGCAUCCUGCUUGAACUUGAAAAGUAUUGGAGCAGAGGGGGAGCAUUUCCUUACCAUGUAUACUCGUCUUCAUACUCUUCAAGGAUGCAGUAUGAGUAUGCACUACUUGGAAAAUGAAUUACAACGGAGAGGGAGAGGUCUUCUAACAUGUGCCUAGUUGGUUGUCGCGUGCACGCUACAAUUGGUGGACGGUCUUUGGAUGCGCCUGUUGUUUCCGAGCGAAACUCUUGGAAGCCGCAAGAUACGAGAAAUGGGAGAUUAGCAAGAGCUUCACGAGCUGCAGACAGAGAAACAAAUAUUAGAACGGUGGUGAGGUACGAGGAGAAAAGACGAGGAGGUAGAAGGCAUGGAGCACGUGCACUGAUUACGGAAGGUGAACUAAUACUACUCAGUAUUUGGCCUAGUACGACGAGGCAAACGCAAACUUAUUGAAGGGGGAAAGCCGCAACUGCUGCAUCUGCAGUGACUACAUAUCACAAAAAAGGAGCACGUAAUAUAUGAUGUUCGUAUAGAGGAACAAGAGGCAACACGUUGCUGGUUUUCGAAGGGCACGAAGAAGUUGUAUGUUCGGAAUAACCAGAAUGCUCGACGAUGGAGCUAAUACAUAGAUGAAAAACAACAAACAUGCUAUUGCAUUUUUACUAGAGGAUUACAACCAGAACCCAGUACAAGAAGAUGAGAUCUUUUUAUACCAGCAUUGCUAUUUUUCUUGAUCACGGUAUUCAUACAACACACUAAAUGAAAAUGUACCCUCCACCUUAUAAAUACAAAUACAAAUUGUUUGACAAAGAGUAGGACGCAACAUGAAGGUACUAAUACUAUGACAUGCCAUCCUUAUAAAAUAUAUUCUUCCAUCAGCAUCUACAUCUUCUUUUGGUGGCUCCUAAGUUUAUUUGUCCUAUAGAAGACACAUGGUCAUACACAUGUUCUUGACAUCUUGAAAGAGGCAAGAAAGAAGCUGGCUCUGUGUCGUGAUACAGCAAGGAAGAAAGCAGGUGGUUCUUUGUCGUGAUGCGACAGCAGG